AUGCUUUCAGGUCACUGCGCUGUGAGGAGAAAAGGUGCAUGCUCAGCCGGAUGGACGAUGACUCGCCGUGUCAGCCGCCACGCAGUUUUAUCUACGAGUUGGACUCAACCCUCCAGUGGCGUGCCUUUCGGUCUUGCCGUUCUUCCAGUUCUCUGUGUGUGGCGGUUUCCCCCCUUGUGCGGCGGGGACGAAAGACACCGAGACAGGGGGGUCGGUCGCCUGGCUCAGCGCUUCGGCGCAGUUGACGCAGCCCAGCAGCGGACGCCUCUCGCGUUGCAUGGCCGCCCCACCAUCUUCCUGCGGUUUGCCCCCUAUGAUGACAUAACGCCGUCUUUCUCGCUUCCACUCCAUCUUCUGUCGAAGACGAAUCAGCGUGCGCUUCUUGGCGCCUCGCGCCGCCGCCGACCGUCUUUUUUCGCGGGCGGCGACCUGGGGCGUGGCUUCGCGGCUGUCCUCCGACGCGGACUUUUGGGGAAUUUGGAGCGGAUGGCCUUUCUCUGA